CCGCUUCUCUCUCGGCCUCGCUCGCUCCCUCUCCCCGUCAAGCCCUGCCUGCAUCUCUGCCUCAGCCAACCCGGGCUGUGCCGAGCUGCUCCCUGCGGGAUCAGAGCGCUCCCCCGCCGGGACCCUUCUCUCACAUCCCCCUGCUGGGACGCGGCUACAUUUCCAGCCAAGCACUGCCUGCCUUGGCUUUAUUAUGUGUGUCUGCGCCGCAGCCCCGCCAGCAGAGGCAGGCAGAGGAGGAGGAGGGAGACUGGUAGCCAGAGUCAGGACAAAGAAAAAGCAGGGAGACAGAGGCUAGCGAAUAUCUGGCUCUUAUUAACACCACAGGGCAAGGGCUUUGGGAAAUAAUAACACGUUGCUAGUCAAAUUCCUCGCGCGAGGGGGGCGGAGAUGCGCCGAGUCCGUGCCACCCCAACACAACUAGCAAAGGGACGGAGCCCGCGCGACGCUUUCCCGGAGAGCGAAGACCAACUCAACUUGGACUAGAUAUAGGAAGGGGGCCUGCGCACGCGAAUACCUCGGGCGCUCAUCGACUCUCAUCACCUGGAGCUUCCCGUUGAGCGCAAACGGACAUUUCCGGGCUCACGAGUUCCGAGUGUCGCGUUUAGCAGAAGUUGUUUCUUCUACAGGUUGCUUGCUCUCGCCUUGCUAACGCCUCGCGCUAACUCUUACCGACUCCACACUUGUCGGGUGCCGUGUUUGCGGACCCACGCGGAGUUUUUUUUUUCGUUUUGUUUUGUUUUUGUAUUUUCCUCUCUCCCCCCCCCCCCCCCCCCCCCCACGCCCCAACCCCCAACCCCCAACCCCCAAACCCGACGAAGCCGACCCGAGCGAGCGAAGGUGCCGCAUUGCAACAGGCGAACGAGCCGCUGCCAAGUGGAGGAGGAGGAAGAGGAGGAGGAGGAGGGCGCUUUCACCUCGCCUGCGCCCGCCUGAAAACACGGAACGGAGCGAAGACAAACAAAACAAAACAUCCACAACGGUCGAAUUCAACCGAGAGCCGAGAUGUCCAGACGGAAACAGGCCAAACCGCGCUCCGUUAAAGCAAUGGAAGAAGGGGACCUUUCAGAAUGUGGAGGGACCUGGGAUGAAUCGGCUGUCCAGACAGAUGUCUCGGCAUCAGUAAAAACGGUCGAGCCGAAGGACGGCCACGGGGCGGCUCCUGAGGAUGCAGAACAAGAGGACCCUGGCGACCAUGACGACGAUCUUGAUGAUGACUCUGUAUUCACCUGCGACAACUGUCAGCAGGACUUUGAAUGUUUGGCUGAGCUCACAGAACACAGAACCAACCACUGUCCAGCAGACGGAGAUGACGACCCAGCCGGGCUGUCCUGGGUGCCUUCCUCGCCCUCCAGCAAAGAUGUGGCAUCGCCGUCGCAGAUGCCCGAUGCCUGUUGUGACCUCGGCAUGGCCACUGGCGGCGAGGAGGAAGGGGGUGCGGGUCUGCCAUACCCGUGUCAGUUCUGCGACAAGUCCUUCAGCCGGUUGAGCUACCUGAAGCGCCACGAGCAGAUCCACAGUGACAAGCUGCCUUUCAAGUGCACCUUUUGCAGCCGUCUCUUUAAACACAAGAGGAGCAGAGACCGCCAUGUCAAACUUCACACAGGAGAUAAGAAGUAUGGUUGCCAAGAGUGUGAAGCUGCAUUUUCCCGCUCUGACCAUCUAAAGAUCCAUCUCAAGACACAUAGCUCAAGUAAACCAUUUAAGUGCAGCGUGUGCAAACGAGGCUUCUCCUCCACUUCAUCAUUGCAGAGCCACAUGCAGGCGCACCGCAAGAACAGAGAGCACCUUGCGCUGAGGAGCGAGAAGGACGGAGGCAAAAAGGGAGCUGGUGGAGAGGUUGACCUGGAGCAGGACCUGUACAUGUGUGAUUACUGCGAGGAGACGUUCAGCCAAACUGACGAGCUAGAGAAACACGUCCUGACCAGGCACCCCCAGCUGUCCGACCGAGCCGACUUGCAAUGCAUCCACUGUCCUGAGAUCUUCCUCGACGAGGCCUCGCUCCUCACUCAUAUUGACACGCAGCACGCCAACCGCAAACACAAAUGUCCUGUUUGUUUAGAACAAUUCCCCUCUGUUGAGGAUGUCUACUGCCACCUCGACAGCCACCGCCAGCCUGACUCUUCCAAUCACAGUGCUGCCAGCCCUGACCCUGCGCUGGGGAGCAUUGCAUCAAUGAGUUCCGCUACUCCAGACUCCAGUGCCAGCCUGGAGCGAGGAUCCACCCCUGACUCGACCCUGAAGCCCAGCCAUGGCAGUGAACGUGGCCGCAGAAGAGGCAACGACAGUGGGGAAGAGAUAGGGAUCAGCUUAGUGCAUCCAGGUGGAGGUGGAGGAGGAAACUGGACUAAAGUGACAUACUCUUGCCCUUACUGUUCGAAGAGAGACUUCAAUAGCCUAGCAGUGUUAGAGAUCCAUUUAAAAACCAUCCAUGCUGACAAGCCACAGCAGAGCCAUACGUGUCAGCUGUGCCUGGACACACUGCCAACGCUCUACAAUCUCAAUGAACAUGUGCGUAAAGCUCACCGUUCCGGUGGAGGAACCGCAAGCCCGGCAUCAGCAGCCUUUCCCCUUCUGCAGUUCACCAAUGUGACAGCCUUCCAUUGUAACUACUGCCCUGACAUGUUUGGAGACAUUAACUCUUUGCAAGAACACAUUAGAGUGUCUCACUGUCUUCCUGGUGGGAUUAUGGCAGGAUCCACCACAUUAGAGGGGAACCAUGCCUUCUUCUGCAACCAGUGCUCCAUGGGAUUCCUGACGGAGUCUUCGUUGACUGAACACAUUCAACAGACUCACUGCACCUCGGCUCUGGGGGGCGGGGCAGCCUCUGGGGGAGGAGUGGCCAAACUAGAGUCUCCCGUGCUACAGCCCGCCUCCCAAUCAUUCAUGGAGGUUUACUCCUGCCCGUAUUGCACCAAUUCUCCAAUCUUUGGGUCACUCCUCAAGCUCACCAAGCACAUAAAGGAGAACCACAAGAACAUUCCAUUGGCUAACAACAAGAGACAGGCAAAGGUGGCUGACCUAAGCCCCACCUCCUCUGAUGUGGAGAUCUCCUCCCCGAAACGCCACAGACUGGCAGGGGACUCCACGCCUUCCAUAGGGAGCAACGGGGACUACCCAUGCAACCAGUGUGAUAUGCGAUUUGCCAGCUUUGAGGGCUUCCAGGCCCACCUGAAGUCACAUUUGGAGAUGCUACUGAGGCGCCAGUCCUGCCCCCAGUGUAACAAAGAGGACUUUGAGUCCCAGGAGGCAUUGCUGCAGCACCUCACUGUGCACUACAUGACCACUUUGACUCAGUACAUGUGUGAGAGCUGUGACAAGCAAUUCUCCUCUGUGGAUGACCUGCAGAAGCACCUGCUGGACAUGCACACGUUUGUGCUGUACCACUGUACACUCUGCCAGGAGGUCUUUGACUCCAAGGUCUCAAUACAGGUUCAUCUAGCAGUGAAGCACAGCAAUGAAAAGAAGCUGUUUCGCUGCACAGCCUGCGCCUGGGACUUCAGGAAGGAGACAGAACUUCAGAUCCACGUUAAACAUAACCACGUGGGCCAGAGGUCAGGCCUCCCUGGAGGGCUUGGAGCAGGCCUCAAGCCCAGGAAGUGCAUCUUCUGUGGAGAGACGUUUGGAACGGAGGUGGAGCUUCAGUGUCACAUCACCACUCACAGCAAGAGAUUCACGUGUCGCUUCUGCGGCAAAUCCUUCCAUGCGAUCUCACUGUUAGAAAGACAUCUCAGGGAGAAGCACUGCAUAUUUGACGGGGGCAACAUCACUGGCAACGGGGGUGGCACGGGGAGCAGCAGUAGCCAGAACGGCACCCCAAAUGGACUGAGUCAGUCGGUCAAAAGAGGAGGGAGCGGAGGAGGUGCGAGUGCAGUGGAAAGAACGACAGUGGCGGGUGCCGAACAAGCCGACCUCCAGAACAUGUUGCUGAAGAACAGCGUAGCCGGCGUAGGAGGAGGCCAAGGAGGAGAUACGGCCAACAGCCACGAAGCCAGCGGAGGUGAGGAGGAGCUGGACAAUUCUGAGCCGAUGUAUGCCUGCGACAUAUGCGGAGCCGCCUACACUAUGGAGUCCCUUCUUCAGAACCAUCGGCUGCGUGACCACAACAUCCGACCAGGAGAGGAUGAUGCUGGUUCUCGAAAAAAGAAGGCCGACUUCAUCAAGGGGAACCACAAAUGCAACGUCUGUUCCAGAACAUUCUUCUCUGAGAGCGGGCUUCGCGAGCACGCACAGACUCACCGCGGCCCUGCCAAACACUACAUGUGUCCAAUAUGUGGUGAACGAUUCCCCUCUCUAUUAACCCUCACAGAACACAAGGUGACCCACAGUAAGAGUCUGGACACAGGAACCUGUCGAAUCUGUAAGAUGCCCCUGCACAGUGAGGAGGAGUUUAUAGAGCACUGCCAGAUGCACCCUGACCUCCGAAACUCCCUCACGGGCUUCCGCUGCGUCGUCUGCAUGCAAACCGUCACUUCGACCCUGGAGCUUAAGAUCCACGGCACUUUCCACAUGCAGAAACUCUCCACUGGUUCUGGUCUUGGAGGAACUGGAGGGGGCUCUGGGAAUGGAGCAGGGAACGGUUCCGCCUCUUCCUCCCCCAACGGGCAGCUGCAGCAUCACAAGCUGUAUAAGUGCGCCUUCUGCCUAAAGGAGUUUAAGAACAAAGGAGAGCUGGUGAAGCUGGAUGUCAACGGCCUGCCUUAUGGACUUUGUGCCAGCUGCAUGAGCAGGGGCACUAACGGGCAGAGCCCCAACCAAGGAGUGGCUCUCACACCCGGGGACACGCAGGCAGAGAAGCCUGUGUCUGGGCUCAGGUGUCCCGAGUGUGGGGUGAAGUUUGAAACCCUGGAGGACUUAGAGAGUCACGUGCAGACCGAUCACCCUGAGGUCAGCCCUGAAACCAGUUCAGCGGGGAAGAAGGCGGAGGCUUCACCUGCACCUAAGAAAAAGACCUACCAGUGUAUUAAGUGCCAAAUGACAUUUGAAACUGAGCGAGAGAUCCAGAUUCAUGUUGCCAAUCACAUGAUCGAAGAGCCCACCUGUCGGCAAGAGGAGGGCAUCAAUCACGAGUGCAAGCUGUGUAACCAGAUGUUUGAUUCACCUGCCAAGCUGCUCUGCCACCUGAUAGAACACAGUUUCGAAGGCAUGGGAGGUACCUUCAAGUGUCCCGUCUGCUUCACAGUGUUUGUACAGGCCAACAAGCUGCAGCAGCACAUCUUUGCAGUCCAUGGUCAAGAGGACAAGAUCUAUGACUGUUCGCAGUGUCCUCAGAAGUUCUUUUUUCAGACUGAACUGCAGAACCACACACUGAGUCAGCACGCGCAGUGAGACCGAGGCCCGGCAGGAUCUCUCGGCUCAGUCGGGGCCCCCGACCCGGAGCCGGCGGGGAGCUACAUCUCCACAUCACAGCCAAUCAAAGUGUCAUUUGCCGCUCACAUGUAAAAGUGUAACGAUCGCACCGCUGGGUGUGGCUAUUAGCAGCAGCGGGGGAAAGGAAUAUUAAUGGGAUAUGCUAUUAAAUAAAGAAAUGGAAGCAGGAUCAAGAGAAGGAAGGAGGGGAGUGAAACAAGGUAUUGUAUGUGCAGUAUUUUUAAUCGUCUCAGCCAAAUUCUCUGUUACCAUGUCAUUAUUUUUUUUCACAGUUUUGGAUCAUGUUCAUAGGUUCUAGAAAAUCCCUUCAGUUCGUAUUCAAAUUCAUCUGUGCUCGAUUGUUUUCCUUCUUCCAUAUGCAUUUUCUUUUCUUUUCUAUCUUUGAGUUCUCGCCGUAAGUACGUACUCGUGCCGUGUACUUGUGAUUGUCUGUCCUCCAGUUGUAAGUUCCCCCUCCCAAAUCUCCUUUCUAUGAUUAUUGUUAUAUAUAUAUUUUCUUCUCUUUUUGUAAUUACUAUGAAAGAAAGACAAAGGAACAAAUUAAAUUGCAGAAUACCACGAAGAUGUUUCUCUUUUUUCAGUCUCCAAGGGGCCUCUAAUGGUUAUUGUAAAAAAAAAAAAAAAAAAAAAAAAAAAAGUAACAUCAUCAAUUUCAGUGCGUCUGGUCAAUGACUGCUUUUUAAAUGUGAAUUAACCAGAUGGCAAUAAUAUAGUACAGACAAAAAAAGAUAAAAACAAAUAAAUACUUGACAAAUGAAGA